AUGACAGUUAAGGAAAUCAAGGACAGCCGUCAAGAGGCCUCCAAGGGACCACGACCCUCCUUCAGCGCAUCGAUCCCGAACAUGACGACGAGACGGAAGACAACGGGCAGUGCCGCCGUGAAUAAAACCAAAGUCCCCAGCUUCGAAUCCGUCCCGAUCUCUCACUCUCUCCUACUCCUGUCAGAUUCUGCGCUUCCUCUUGGCUCGUUUGCCUACUCCAGCGGUUUGGAAUCAUAUAUCGCUCACAACAAGCCUCUACCAUCACAUAUAACCCCGACCACAUCAUUUAAUCAGUUUCUUUCGCUCUCUCUUGCGUCCAUUGCAAGUACUACGAUACCCUAUCUCCACAGAGCCCAUAGACACCCCGAGGAGUUGGAAAGAUUGGACAAUGAUCUCGAUGCAUCGACGCCAUGUACUGUCGCAAGAAGAGCGAGUGUUGCUCAAGGACUUGCCCUGUUACAAGUAUGGGAGCGUGCACUGAAACCAUCAGCCAUACAGCGAAUUCAGGAGAGCCAGCACGAUAGCCACCAUCACAUAGUACAGGCAGUGGAGGUAUUGGACCAGUUCUCAGAAUCAUUGAAAUGUGUGGGUGUAGACGAAGAGCAUGAUGAAGUCAACGGCGCUGUUAACGGCCAUUUUGCUCCGUUAUGGGCAGUGGUAUGUCUGGCACUAGACAUUGACCUGGAGCAAGCGGCGUACGUGUUUAUGCUUAACCAUGCCAAGGCGGUUCUCAGCGCAGCUGUGAGAGCAUCUGUCAUGGGUCCUUAUCAAUCUCAAGGUGUGCUUGCGGGCAACGCACUUCAAAAGACCAUUGCUGAGCUGCUACAGAAGGAAUGGUGGACAGAGCCCGAAGAUGCAGGACAGGUUGUCCCUGUUAUGGAUCUCUGGAUGGGAAGACAUGAGUUGCUAUAUAGUAGGAUUUUCAACUCUUGA